GCUCAAGUGAAGGCCUACGAGGCUCGAAACUGUACAGACAGUGAGGGCCACAGGAGGCCUCUAGUCAAGUAGAUAGUUCUGUGUAUUUUUAGCAUGCCGUAUUGUGAGUAUAAUUAUGUGUACUGUACGAUGUGUGUAGUGCACAGGCAAAAAGUAAGAACCUCUCACGUGUAAUCGUAUUCAUGACGUAAACGUGUAAUAGUAUUCAUGACCGAUGACGCGCUGGCUCCUCCCCUUUUGUUUACUGAUUGGUCGACGUGUAGGCAAAAAGCGACAGAACUUUACGAAGGCCUUCAUCAGCCUGUCUGGCUCACAAUGUUUAUGUCAUAGAAUGGGAGCUGGUGCAAGAGAGUCAGCCAAGUUAUCCUGUUCGCUAGCUGAAACAACAUGAUGAUGGAGGCUGAAAGAGAUGUAAGGAUUCGCUCGGGAGCCAAGAGGCGCCCGCGUCCCUGCAGUGCCUCGUACAUAGCCGUCAGAGACGCUCUCUACCAGUUGACACGCCUCAACGACUUCAAAUCUGAGAAGAUAGGUGGGGGAUUCUACGCCGAUGUGUUCAAGGUGACCCACAAGAGCACGGGAGAGGUGAUGGUCCUCAAGAUGAACAAGAACAGCAAGUUCAGUCGCCAGAUGCUCUCAGAGAUACAGCUCAUGAACAGACUCUCACACCCAAAUAUCCUCAGGUUCAAGGGCUCAUGUGUACAUGAGGGGCAACUACAUGCACUUACUGAGUACAUCAAUGGAGGAGCUCUAGAGGACUUCCUCCACAACCGCUCCAUCUCCCUGUCCUGGUCGACUAGAGUCAAGAUAGCUCUCGACAUUGCCACGGGGAUGGCCUACCUCCACUCACGUGGGGUCUUCCACAGAGAUCUCUCCUCCAGGAACUGCCUAAUUCAGAUGCAGACAGACGGAAGCAUGAAGUGUAUUGUGGCUGACUUUGGCCUCGCUGCUAAGAUAAAGCAAUCCCGUCGAAGGAGCCACACGGAAGUGGUGGGAUCUGCAUACUGGAUGGCUCCCGAGUGUCUCAACGGGAAGGAAUACUGCGAACAAGCCGACGUCUUCUCCUACGGAAUUGUUCUGGCGGAGACUGCCACCAGACUGCCCGCUGACCCAGACUUCAUGCCUCGCACCAGAGUGUAUGGAAUGGAUUUUGAAGCUCUGCACAAGAUGUGUCGAAACUGCCCACGUGGCUUGUGGGAGCUAAUGGUCCGCUGUUGCCAGAUUGAUCCAGACGAGCGGCCCCAGUUUGACGAGGCCGUGAAGAUCCUGGAGCAGACGAGAGUUCUGGAGGAGAGAGAGGGGCGGAGAGAGGAGGAGGAGCUGAGGACUUGCUUCUCUGAACCUCUGCUUAGACUUCAAGACUCGGAUGACAACGUGAGCUACACAAGUGGACAGUCAUCCAGUUCCCAUAUCCUCCAACCCAUCACUAGUUCAGACUCCCUCGACAACUACUCUGCCAACGGUCUCGGCACAGGGAGGCACCAUUUAGAACAAGAACCCAAAGCAUCUGUCACCACGGAAGAGACAGACGGUUCGAAAAACGACGACGUAUUUGAAGACGCAACGAGUGAAGAAGCGAAGCAAGAGAAACAGCUGGCAACGAUACUGACAACGGCUCCGCUAGAGAACGAGGGAAGAACCUCAUACGGCCAGUUGGAGUCAGACGAGGAGGGAACGAACAAGGGAGACUCGGGGAUAGACCCGGGGGAGAUGUUUGUCGCCCCUGUCAUUAGUCCCAGCGACGACGUGAGAGGAAACCAGAUGAGCUUGUCGUCAUGUAGCAAGCAAGACAAAAGUAUGUGGAAAGAACCGGUGAAGCAGAUCGGAGCUGUGCAAUCUCUGACAGAAGGUGAUACAACUCCACCUGGCCACUGUUCUCCUAACUCACACGCCGUGUUCUUCCUGGGCCAACCGCAAUCAUCCGAGACUCACUUGGAGCGAACGCACCCCGAUACUGCCAUAGCUGCCCCACCCAUGUUCCGGUCGCCGUCAAAUGACCUGGUACCACCGACUACCCCGCAUCGCUGCUGCAGCCCCAGUACUGCUUCCAACCUCUCCCUCUUCGUCCCCAAUCCCUCGACCCCCUGGGCACCACCUCCCUCCCCACUACGCUCCAAUUCCUAUCGUCUCUCCAGCUCCCUCCCUUCCUCGCCCACAAUUCAAUACAGUAGACCAUUUCGAUUCUCGAUGGACGUGCAGGAGGCACUCUUCCCUCCAUUUGACCCGAGCACCUUUUUUUCGCCGUCAAGUUUAGCAGUCGGAAUGGUCGAUCUUCGCUCCACGCCAAAAUCCGCGUCAAAGAGCAAGCGACGUAGCCUCAGACACAGCUGCGGUCAUAACACGCCCCUCCCGACUUUCCCCGAAGACCUCGAGACCCGAGACCACAGCCUGUGCUCCCGGACUCUCUGGACAGGGGAGGCCGAGGCCGUCGAUCUCGACAGAGAACGAUACCCGGGCUACUCGCAGUUUCCACGUCGACGUGCACGCUCUGCCAGUAAUCCCACGCCACUCCCACCUCCCCCUCAACCUCCCCACUUUACUCUCAAUCUUGCCAGGUAUUCUCCAUGCAGUGCCAGUCGCUCACACUCAACAGCGGGCGGCUCCUCUGCAACCUUUUUCAAGUACUACACCAUCAUACCAUGUUUCAACUGCCGUCUAUCUUCUUCUGAACCAAAUCUCGUCACGCGUCUCUCAGCCACUCGUCUUGUGUGAUAGCAAUCCACUUUGCACGGCAUCUGUAUCAUACAUAGUAUAAUUGUUCGUUUGUGUCCUUUUGUUGUGAUCUUUUCGUUAUACAAGUCAUUUUGCUUCAUAUUUUAUAUACACUGCUUGUCAUAUGAUGCAGUUUGUUUUCAUUGAAGAAAUCAUAAGAACAGUCAGUUGAGGAUAGCUUUACAAUCGGCUGGCUUCAUAUAUAAUUAUAUAUAUACCUCUUCAAAAACGCAUUGUGUAUUAACCACAGUAUCAGUUUGACAAGAUGUUUUCUGGGUAUUGCUUA